AUGAAAGACAUCAGCGUUGAUGUUUCUAACGAUGACUCCGAUGUUGAAUCAGACGAAGAAAAAUCUGGCAGCUCUGAUACUGGAGACGAUGAAGAGGAGGAGGAAAAUGAAGUCAGCGAUCAAGAACACGAACAGGAGGAAGAAGCCUCGAAAGCCAAGAAAACUAAGCAACCCUCAGAUGUCAAAGAAGGCAAGACUUUAUUCAUCCGGAACAUAUCGUUUGACACUAGCGAGGAAUCACUUUACGAAUUGUUUGAACAAUUUGGAGAGGUAGACUAUUGUAAGAUGGUUGAGGACAAAAGGACCGGUCACAGCCGUGGAAUGGCGUUUGUGAAGUUUAAAACGGUUGAAGGCGCCGAAAAGUGUCUUGUGGAAGCAGACAAAGAUGGAACCGGCAUUUCCUUGGACAAUUUUAAACUGAAUGUGACGAAAGCAGUAACGCGUGGAAAGGCGGCAGAACUAGCAAAGGAAAAGAAGCUGGACGGAACCAAGGAUACAAGGGACAAACGUAAUUUAUACCUGGCUAAAGAAGGUUUAAUUACACCAGGCUCAGAAGCUGCUCAGGGCUUGUCCAAAGCUGAUUUAGUGAAGAGACAGAAAGCUGAAGCAGAGAAGAAAGCAAAGCUAGAAAAUCCAAAUAAUUUCGUCUCAACAACCCGGCUUUGUGUUCGAAACCUGCCUCUAAAUGUAGACGACAAGAAAUUGCAAGAGAUCUUCGGCACCGCCACAGGAAAGAGGAUGCGCGUGAAGAAAGUGCUGAUUAUCCGGAGUAAAGAUAGGUUAGACAGCACAGGCCGUGGACGUUCCAUGGGAUACGGAUUCAUAGAAUUCACCAAUCACAAAGACGCUCUUGCCGUCCUGAGAGUCACCAAUAACAAUCCCGCCAUAUUUGGACCGGAUCGUUGACCAAUUGUGGAUUUCUCGAUAGAAAAUAGCCUCGUCCUCAAGGCGAAGCAGCGUCAUGUAGAGAAGGCUCAGCACAAGCAGCAGCAGAGCGUCGACGAGCAUGCGCGCGAUGAACAACCCAAGACAAAUAAGGAGAGAAGGCUGGAGCGAAAUCAGAAGCGAAGAGAAAAACGAGUGAGAAAGAGAGAAGCGAGGAAGAAACGAAAAUUGGAAGAGGGCAAGGACAGCGAAGGCGACAAAAUAGCGCAGGAAAGAAACAAAGUUAUUAAGGCAGUGAACAGUUCAAACUUAUCCUCAUCGAAAGCAAAGAAAUUUGAAAAUUUGUCCAGAAUGGACGUUACACAAUCUGAGUCGAAGCGAGGUAAAAAGAAUGUUGGAAGAAAUAAACAAUCUUCUUUGGUUCUUAGAAACAAUUCUCGUACCAAAGUCACAUCAGGUACCGCCCCAAAUGUUAGUCCCUACCUUAAAAUGGUAAAUAGAGCUUCAAAAGAAAGACAAGACAGUGAAUUUAAAGUGAGCAGAACCUCCGAUGCCCCAAAUAGAAAGAGGAAAGGCGCCCGGAAACGACAACAGGAGCAGAAUGACGAGUCGAAGUUCUCUCAGAUGGUGUCUAAGUACAAGAACAAACUGUUUGGAAUGGAUAAUAAUGAAUCAUCCUUAAAACGCACGCGUUGGUUUCAGUAAUCUACCGAAGCUAAAUGGAUAAAUCUUCCUUGGAUGAGCAAGACAUGUAGUUCAGUGUUGCUUAAACCUUCUGUUGUCCAAAUAGGGAAAGGAAAGGACCUUUAAUAAAAAAGAGAGAGCAGCCGAACAAAACAUAGUUUACUAAAAUUUUGUCCAAGUGCAAGAACAAAUUAUUUGGAAUGGACAACGAUAAAUCAUCUACAGAACGUAAGCGUUGGUUUCAGUAAUGCGCGAGAACUCGGGCUAAAAUGAGAGUUUUUCCGCCACAUGGGCCUUAACCGAAAGUGAUCUUUCGCAAGGCGUAUGUGUCUCUUCUUGUUCACGCGAUGCUUGGUAAAGCUUUUUAUGAAUUUUUGUGUUCUCGUAUUUCAACAAAUAAGUAAACAGAACCAAAAGCAAAUCAAUUAAUUCGAUGUACUUCCCAAAACCUUCCUGCUGCUCCGCGUUUUGUAAAUAAAAGUGGUUUGCUUAAACGCUCCGUUUUUGAUAAGAACAAAAACAAAUGAAAAACGUGAGCGAGAAGUGUGGUGGAAAAGUCGAGUGGAAAGCAGAAUCAGGCAAAGUAGGAGUUCGCCGAACGAGCGUUAAUUGGUGAUCAAUCCAUCUUCGUAACAGUAGCAGCAAGAACUAAAGUUAAAUAGUUUACAGUGGUUUGUCUAACAUGAACUGAAUGCAUGCUGACCAAGCGAACGGUAAUAAUAGUGAUUGCACAAGAAUACCUCGAAAAAUCGGAAAAACUAAUAAACGAAGACAGGUAUGAAGUAAACAGUCCAAUUACAAUUGAGAUUUUGAACCUUUCAGUGACGUGGGUUAGUCACCAAACACAGCGUUGUUACUGAAAGCUCCAUUCUCGAAUAAUUUCAACGUGCAACUUUUUUUCAUGGUUAAUAAAAGUUAUUCAUAUCUUC